AUGCCUUCUUCAUUCACGCUUCUCAGCUUGAGCUCACUCGCUCUUAUCUCGCCUGCCCUUGCCUCCAGCUACAACCUCGUUCAAACCUGGCAAGGCGAAGGUUUCCUCGAAUACUUCGACUUCUACACCGGCGCGGACCCCACGAACGGCUUUGUCACCUACACUAACCAAAGCUAUGCCGAGAGUUCCGGACUGGUCAAGGUCAACAACAAUGGCUCCUUCUACAUGGGUGUUGACCACACAACAAAGCUAAGCACCACCGGACCCGGUCGUGAGUCGGUCCGCAUCGAGAGCAAGAAGUACUAUGACCACGGACUUUUCAUUAUUGAUCUUGCACACAUGCCCGGGAGCGUAUGCGGUACCUGGCCUGCUUUCUGGUCGACCGGUGCCAAUUGGCCAGCCGAUGGUGAGAUUGAUAUCAUCGAGUCUGUCAACCUGAACACGGCCAGCGAGAUUGUCCUUCACACUAGCGGCACCUGCGAUGUCUCCGCCCAAAGUGAUAUGACUGGUACCCUGACCGCCACGCACUGUGGUGAGGAUGCUGGAACCACGGGUUGUGUCGUCCAGAGCUCAGAGGGUUCUUCAGGCACCCCCUUUAACGAGCAAGGUGGUGGUGUGUAUGCUAUGGAGUGGCAGGAGGACUACAUCAAGUUCUGGUACUUUGCUCGUGACUCGAUUCCCACGUCGAUUACUGCUGGCACCCCCGAUAUCUCUGCCUUCGGCACUCCCAUGGGCCACUUGCAGGGCUCUUGCAACUUCGCCGAACACUUCAAGUCCCAGAAGUUCAUCUUCGACACUACCUUCUGCGGUGACUGGGCCGGUGGUGUUUUCCUCUCGUCCGGCUGCCCUAUCAGCGACAAGACCAGUGCUACCAAGAGCUGUGUUGCCUAUGUUGCCGAGAACCCUUCUGCUUUCGAGGAGUCUUUCUGGGAGAUCAACUACAUCAAGAUCUUUCAGACUGUCUGUCUCUACCGCCAGCGAGACCGAGUCUGUCGCCUCUGCUACUGCUGCCACGACUUCUGUUGCUAA